AUGGCCACUCGAGAAGUUCACACUCCAUUGGUUCCAGUUCAACGAUUCCAGUACAAAAAUAAUGAGAAUAUUCUCAAAGAUCAUGUGGAAAAAAUCGAUCCUGAAGUUUUUGAAAUCAUGAAAAAUGAAAAAGCUCGUCAACGCCGUGGAUUAGAGCUUAUUGCUUCGGAAAACUUCACCAGCAAGGCUGUCAUGGAUGCUCUUGGGUCAUCAAUGUGUAACAAGUACAGUGAAGGAUAUCCGGGUGCGAGAUAUUACGGUGGAAACGAAUUCAUCGACCAAAUGGAGAUCUUGUGCCAGAAGAGAGCAUUGGAAGUAUUCGGGCUUGAUCCAGCCAAAUGGGGUGUCAACGUUCAAUCGUUGUCUGGAUCACCAGCUAAUUUUGCGGUCUAUACCGCAAUUGUUGGGCCAAACAACAGAAUCAUGGGUUUGGAUCUUCCAGAUGGCGGACAUUUGUCGCAUGGAUUCUGCACCCCUGCUCGUAAAGUGUCGGCAACAUCGGAAUUCUUCCAGUCAAUGCCAUACAAGGUUGAUCCUAAAACUGGAUUGAUCGAUUAUGAAGCUCUCGAGCAAAAUGUGAUGCUCUUCCGUCCAAAGGUUCUCGUUGCCGGUGUCUCGUGCUACGCUCGUCAUUUGGAUUAUGAGCGAUUCUGGAAGAUUGCCAAGAAGUCAGGAGCUUAUCUCAUGGCUGAUAUGGCUCAUAUUUCUGGCCUUGUUGCCGCUGGAUUGAUCCCAUCGCCAUUCGAGUAUGCCGAUGUUGUCACAACCACAACUCACAAAUCGCUUAGGGGACCACGUGGAGCAUUGAUCUUUUACAGGAAGGGAGUCCGUUCUGUUAACGCGAAAGGUGUUGAGACCCUUUAUGACCUUGAGGACAAGAUCAAUGCUGCUGUGUUCCCUGGACUUCAGGGAGGACCGCACAACCACACAAUUUCGGGAAUUGCCGUUGCUCUUAAGCAAUGCCUUAGCGAAGACUUUGUUGCCUAUGGCGAGCAGAUUCUGAAAAACGCGAAAACUCUCGCUGAUCGCCUUAAAUCUCAUGGAUACGAAAUUGCUACCGGAGGAACUGACAACCAUUUGCUACUCGUUGACUUACGACCAACCGGAGUCGAAGGAGCCCGUGCUGAACAUGCUCUUGACAUGGCUCACAUUGCGUGCAACAAGAACACUUGUCCAGGCGAUGUGUCGGCUCUUCGUCCAGGAGGAAUUCGCCUUGGAGCACCAGCUCUAACUUCUCGUGGAUUCAAGGAGCAAGAUUUUGAGAGUGUCGGAGACUUCAUUCACGAGGUCAUCACCAUCUUGAGGAAAUACAAUUCGCAGGCCGGAAAAACUAUCAAGGAGUUUAAGGAAUUCACCGCGACGAACGCUGAAUUCAAAGCGGAGAUCGAACAAAUCGCCAAGAGGGUCGAAGAAUUCUCAAGCAAAUUUGACAUUCCAGGAAAUGUGUUGUUCUAA